AUGGAACUUCGUCGUCUCUUCCCCGUCUUGGUCCUGCUCCUCCUCUCAGCCUUGCUUCUUCCGGUCGCUUUGUCCCGAGAAUUUCCGUCGCAGGCAAUCGGCCGCUUGCGCUCCCCACGGGAGCUCGACUGCAGCAAGACGUCUUGGCCUGAGGUGCUGGGCAUGACAGGCGAGGCGGCUAAAGCUUACAUCCAGGCGUCUGUGCCGCAGUGCAACUGGGACAUCGUAAUCAUUCCGUUUGGGGUGAUGGUUACCGCGGAUUAUCGCACCGAUCGCAUUCGCAUUUUCGUCGACCCAGAAGGGAUUAUACAUAAACGAGCGAAAGAGUUUGACAGAGAGAGAGAGAGAGAGAGAGAGAGAGAGAGAGAGAGAGAGAGAGAGAGAGAGAGAGAGAGAGAGAGAGAGAGAGAGGGAGGGGGGGGGGGGGGGGAGAGAGAGAGAGAGAGAGAGAGAGAGAGAGAGAGAGAGAGAGAGAGAGAGAGAGAGAGAGGAGAGAGAGAGAGAGAGAGAGAGAGAGAGAACGAGAGAGAGAGAGAGAGAGACGAGAGAGAGAGAGAGAACGACAGAAUGAGAGACGAGAGACAGGGAGGAAAAAAUGAAUCGAAUUUCCAACACUAG